GCAAUACAACGUGACUAAGCUCGGCUCACCCAAGGCCAAGGCCAUCCUCAGGAGUGAGCUUGAGGCUGUUGGGCCAGUGCCGUGGCGGACCGAAGUCAAUGAGCAUGCGGCAUACCUUGAGCAGAUCUCCCAUGAAAUCUUGGAUCGACAUUUUGCAAUCAAGGCCAACGGCCCACGGUCAUCUUACAUCAGUGAUGCAGUUUGGCAACUUCGCGAGCACAGGAACAGGUUGAAGGCACGCACCAGAUUUUGGAAGGAAGGUCGUGGUGUUGCCCUCCUCAAAGCUGGCUUUGCUCGAUUAGCCGGGCGCAGCUGCAAUCUCAAGUGGCAUAAGAUAGGCCUGCUGUAUGACCUUUUUGCUGCCGCCAUCAAGUUUAGUACGGGUCGCAUCAAGUCUUGUAUAAGCGCUGACAAGCAGCAUCUCCUGCAGCACAUUGUGCAAGCCAGUGCCAACGGGUCCAUGCAGCAGAUCCAGAAAGCAAUCAAGCGCUGUGGUCUGGGAAGACGUGUAAAAAAUCAGUCUGGAAGGCCUGCCCCCCUUUUGCUUGAUUCUGAAGGGCGACCCGUCUCCAACCGCGAGGCUUUGGACGAUCACUGGCUGCAACAUUUUGGACAGAUGGAGGCCGGAGAAAGGAUCAGCUUUCAGGAGUUUGCCAGCAUUGUUGCUGCGCCCAGAAACCUCCCAGAGGUCACUAUUGACUUGAGGAUACUCCCCACCUUCCAGGAAGUCGAGCGGCAAUUCCAACAAGUUCGAUGUGGAGCCGCGUCGGGACUUGACGGCCUCCCUCCUGAGCUUUUCAAGGCUGCUCCACAGUUACUGGCUAGGCUAUUUCAUCCUUUGAUGGUGAAGUCUUCGCUUUGCCUUGCGCAACCAGUGCAGUGGCGAGGGGGAGUGCUUUUCGAGGCGUACAAAAAUAGCGGCUCUCCUUCAUUGUCUGACAGCUAUCGGGCGCGUCGAGUUAGGAGACUGAGCUUCUGCGCCCUGUUCCUUGACACGAAAAGUGCAUACUACAGAGUGGUGCGGGAGCUUGCGUUUGGAUCCUUGGAGGAUGACAGAGCGGUGGUUGAGCUCUUCCAACGCUUUCAAGUACCGCCGUCGGCACUGGAGGAGCUCAUGAAAGUGGUUCAUGCUGGUGGAACAAUGGCGCAGGCCGGCAUGAACGAGCAUUUGCGAGCCCUUGUUCAGGACCUCCACAUCCAUUCUUGGUUUGUCACUCCGUACUCAGACGGAAGCAAAGUCGCCAUGUCUCGCGCGGGUUCGCGUCCUGGUGAAUCGUGGGCUGACAUUGUUUUCGCUUUUGUCUACUGCAAGGUGCUGGAUGAAAUCAAGCAGGAGGCCCAGAGUGCAGACCUGGUCUUGACGCUUCCCUCUGCCGGAGACUGCUCACCUUUGCAGUGGAGGAAUCGGAUGGAUUUGUUGAUGCUCCUGUACAUGCGACAUGGGCGGACGAUUCUGUGUUCUUCACUGGGGAUG